CAGUACGCAUGUUCAGUUUGGUUGAAAUGAUGAAACGUCAUCAAUCGCGACGGAACCUGGACUUUUCUGUAGGAAGUGCUUUUUAUGUUGUUAUUUUAAAGUGAUAUUUUCUGUAGGAACGAUAACGCUAUACUACUGACGAUUCGGAGUACUCAAGGAAGAACAAAGGCGAGAUGCUUUCAUUUUUUUUCUCUGAUGCUUCGUAGAUUCACUGCAAGGAUUUGACUGGACGGCCAUCCAAAGUGUCGUUAUUGCCUAAAGGAUUUGGACGUGGACAGGCAGGCAUUUAUUUACUUUGGACCAGACUGAUCAUCAUCUGAGAAGACAAGCCUGGUGCCAUCAUGGAUUUUGAUUCACUCUACAACAAUGAAUUUGUGAAAGUUUUCAAGAAGGAUUGGAGAAUAGGAAUGAACAAAAUUUUCUGUAAGCCGUGCAGAGUGCUGUGCCGUGGACAGAUCCUCUACAAGAAGCACUGCAACACCCUCGGACAUUUAGAGACCAUGAAGACCCGUUCCACUCAAGGUGCCCUCCUGUUCCUUCUGAAGUACAAAUCCAAAACCUCAGUAGUUGGCCUGCAGAAUGUUGUCGUGUUUUCCUGCAUUAAUCACCCAGCCGCCUCCCUGAUAUAUUACUGCCGCUUGUGUAAUUUUGUAGAAAGGAAUAAAUUUGUCAACCAUAUGAGAAGCUGUCAUCACCAGUACCUAUAUAUAAAAACUGAUUAUCCAGAAAUGAUGCCAUUUGAAUGUGAUAACUUCGCAGACCAAGAAGUUUCCACCAAAAUCCGUGAGGUAGCACAGUCUAUUGAGGAGAAAUACGGUAUUGGUGACUUACAGGAGCUGAAGGUGUCAUUUGACAAGUACAGCAGGCUAGUGGAAAAAAGUGCAGAUGUUGCUGAAGAGAUUUUUCUGGAAGAAAUGGAAGCAAAAAAUAAAGAAACAAAUUCCCAAGUUGAGUCCACUGUCAACGCAAAGAGUGCAGAUCAUCAGCCUGCAAAAAUAGAAGAAUUAACAAAAACGUCAGCCCAAGAAGAUAAACCUGAAGACUGUAGCUUGCCAUUGGCUGUGAACAGUGUGACAGAACCAACGGAUCACCUCAACAGUCAGUACAUGCUGGAUUAUGAAAUGGGAAGACGAUCUGAAAAGCAGGACGAGAUCCCUGAAUGGGGAGACAUUGUAAAACGGCAAAGGAUCACGGCACAGAGCUCAAGUGGUGUGUCGUCAGUAAAUAGUCCUUGCCAGCCUGUGAGUAAUCCUCUCUAUUUUCAGUCUGCAGCACACUUUGACAAAAUGAGGGGGGGGAGAACUGUAGAAAGAGGAAGAUACAAACACGCAGGAGGAAUCAAUUUAAAACAGCAAAGAAGGAUCAGAAGACCAAUGCCCACAAGGAUAUACGUCGAUGAAGCGAGCCGGUAUGCUGCUGCUGCUGCUGCUGCUCAAAAUGGGAGGACAGUGAGUGACGCCACCCAAGGUCAAAACUACUUUGGUGCUCCUAGUGCCGGAGUCCAGUUGAGCUCCUGGGGUACCGCGGCGGCCAGAAGUUAUGCUGCUGGAUUUCCACCCUACAUGUUUACUUCCAUCGCUUCAUCUGGUGUGCUGCAGAAUUAUAGAGGAGGCCAGGAGUCAGGGUAUCAAGUGACAAGUCAUCCCUUAGCAGUGACGUCAACACCUGAUGUCAGCAAGUUUAGGACUGCAGAGCCUGAAAGAAGCUCCUCAAAAGCAAAACCCGACAAACUUCCUCCACUGGAUUAUUUGACUCUUUUCAAGAAUAUGUUAGAUAAGGCGUCUAAAAAACAAGAGGUGACAGCCAUCACACAGAGUGCUCACAAGGAGGAAGAGACCCAGGAAACUGCCACUCCUUCAAGCUACUCGGCCGACUACGUCAUGCCUGAGCCCCUGACUCCGCAGACUUCCAGUUCAAGAGGUUAUGUCCGAGUCAGACUGGGACCUGACCAGUCAAACACAGAUCGGUGUGACAACACGUACAUUCCUUCGGCCUCUUCUGAGACGUUUGCCUCAUUUCCCAGCUCUCAUCACAGCAGAGAUGGCGCUUAUUUAAGUGACUUCGAGUAUCCAUCAGCCAAAGCUCCCUUCUUCGAUGACAGGAAAGAAUUUCAG